UCCGCCCCUCCUAUAAAUAACCAGCAUCUGUAAACAAGGAUAUACACAUAGUUUUAGCAAACACAAGCAUCUAAAAUGGCUUCCGCUUAUCAUCAUAAGCCUCAUGCUGUUUGUAUUCCAGUUCCAGCUCAAAGCCACAUAAAGGCUAUGCUUAAAUUAACCAAAAUCCUCCACCACAGAGGCUUUCACAUUACCUUUGUCAACACAGAAUUCAACCACAAGCGAUUUCUUAAGUCUCGAGGACCCAACUCCCUCGAUGGCUUACCUGAUUUUCACUUUGAAGCCAUCCCUGAUGGCAUUCCAGAAUCAGGUGAAGAUGCCACCCAAGAUGGCACUUUGAUUUUUGACUCCAUCAGAAAUCAUCUCUUGGCUCCAUUUCGUGACCUCCUGAUAAAACUCAACAGUACUAGUCCUCCAGUGACUUGCAUUGUUUCAGAUGGUUUCAUGUCCGCUUUUACUAUAACAGCGGCAGAAGAACUUGGAAUCCCUAUUGCAUUGUUUUACACUAUUUCUGCUUGCAGCUUCAUGGGAUUGAGGAAAUUCCGUACUUUGCUUGAGAAAGGGCUUGCACCACUUAAAGAUGAGACUUGUGUGACAAACGGUUUUCUGGACAAUGUUAUAGAAUGGAUUCCAGAAAAGAAAGAUAUCCGUUUAAGGGAUCUACCAUCCUUUUGUCGAACUACAGAUCCAGAUGACAUCAUGUUCAAGACCUCUAUGGAAGCAGUCGAAAACGCAAAUAAAGCAUCAGCUGUUGUUCUUCUCACAUUUGAUGCUUUGGAGAAAGAUGUUUUGGAAGCUCUCUCCUCAUCUAUUCCUCCACCUGUUUAUACAAUUGGUCCUCUCCAAUUGCUAUUAAAUCAAAUACCAGAAGACCCUUUGAAGCCUAUGGGAUACAGUCUUUGGAAGGAGGAAACAGACUGUCUCCAAUGGCUAAACUGCAAAGCACCGAACUCAAUUGUUUAUGUCAAUUUUGGAAGUAUCACGGUUUUGACACCGGAACAGCUUCUCGAGUUUGGUUGGGGACUUGCAAAUACCAGGCUCCCCUUCCUCUGGGUUAUUAGGCCUGAUUUGGUUGCCGGAAAAUCAGCAAUCUUGCCACCAGAGUUUGAAGCUGAAACCAAAGACAGAGGUCUAAUAGCAAGUUGGUGCCCUCAAGAAGAAGUCCUACACCAUCCAUCAGUUGGAGGGUUUUUAACACACUGCGGUUGGAAUUCAACCAUUGAGAGUGUCACAGCUGGAAUGCCGAUGCUGUGUUGGCCAUUCUUUGCAGACCAGCAAACAAACAGUUACUACAGUUGCAACGAAUGGGGAAUUGGCAUGGAGAUCAAGACUGAUGUCAAGAGAGACAAUGUGGAGAAGCUUGUAAAGGAGUUAAUGGAGGGAGACAAGGGAAAGAAAAUGAAAAGCAAGGCCUUGGAGUGGAAGAAACUAGCUGAAGAAGCCACUGCUCCGUAUGGUUCGUCAUCAACAAACUUGGACAAUUUAGUGAAUCAAGUCCUAUUAAGAAAGCGCAUUUAAUUUUAUCUGUAUUUCCUGUGUUUAAUUAGUUACAGUGAUGUACUUCGCCUCUGCCUAUACAUUAAAAAUAGCAUGCUUACAUUAACUUCAAUGUUAUCAUUGGUUUUCUAUG